AUGGUACCGAGAACGGCGAGCCGGUGGCUGCUUUGUGUGGCGCUUAUGGUCGCCCUGUGUCAAGGCCAGGAGGACUGGAUGCAGUGCUCGUCGACGUGCAAGUGCAAAUGGGUGUCCGGUAAGAAGACCGCCGAGUGUAUUAAGCAGAACCUCACGCAGGUGCCAGGAGACCUUUCGCCUGAGAUCCAGAGUCUCGAUUUGACCGGCAAUCGCAUAACUCAUCUCGUUCGCGAUGCGUUUAGUCGCGUCAAUCUGGUUAAUCUGCAUAAGCUGGCGUUGCGCGAUUGCGGCAUUGAAUCGAUUAACAGGGACGCUUUCAGCGACUUGAAGAUCAUCAUCGAGAUCGACUUGUCGGGCAAUAAUAUUCGCAAUCUACAUCCAAGUGUCUUUUACGAAACUCAAAAGUUGCGAGUGCUGCUACUCGAUCAGAACAAAUUGAGGAUGCUGGAGAACGGUCUGUUCUUCAAUCUCACCUUCCUGCAGAAAGUCACGUUGUCCGACAAUAGGUUGGAGCGGAUCGAGGAGCAGGCGUUUCGCAAUUUGCCAAACUUGCAUUCCCUCGCGUUGGACGGGAAUAAUUUCAGCACCCUGCAACUGCAGAGCUUCGAGAGUCUGCCCAAGCUCGGCAGUCUCGAGCUCCAAAAUAAUCCAUGGAACUGCAACUGCCAUCUCAAAAAGUUCCGCGACUGGGCGAUCCAGCGCAAAUUGUACACACAGCCAACCACUUGCCAGCAACCGUCCCACAUGAUCGGCAAGAUGUGGGACGAAGUUAGUAGUGAUGAUUUCGCGUGCAGACCGAAGAUCAACAACAUUGAGCCGUCAAACAAAAUCGAGAUAGCCAAAGGAGAUGUGACAAUGUCGUGCAGGGCAACGGGAAUUCCACGUCCUGAGUUGUCAUGGACGCAUCGUAAUCGCGUUUUAAGCAACGUCACAAAACGCAUGAGCAACGACAGAUCUUACAUACUCUUAUCGAACCAUGAAUGGUUAAAUCUCACUGUCAUCGAUGUGCUGCCUUCCGACAAAGGUGACUACAUUUGCCGCGCGAAGAGUCCAGGCGGCGAAGCGGAGAAAAAUGUGACUCUGUCCGUAAUGGGCGAUGCUCUGGGCGGCAGGGAGAACUUCAUCAGCUUGCCCCUCGCCAUCGGACUGGGUGUCACCGCGUUGUGUCUGCUGAUCGUCACAGUAGUACUCUGCGUGUGCUACUGUCGUCGUCGCCGUACCAGGCAUGACGAGAAAGGCCUCGAAGCGGCGUCCCUAGAGCAUCACGGUCUCGGCGAACAGGAGAAAUCCCUGAUUACGACCAUUAACCCGGUCGUGAAACCCCCGAGGCGCUACGAGGCGCCUUCAGUGACAUCGCAUAGUACGGAGAUGACGGAGCUGAAUCGCACGUUGCUCGACAACGACUCGGUUUUCGCUGACGGUGUCGGGAGCGGUGUCGUCGGCGGGGUAGGCAGCGGCGUAGGCGACGACGAGAAGGAGCACGAACGAGCCACGCCGGAACUCGACGGGGGUGGCAACGGCGGCGGCAUUGGCGGUGGCGGCGGCGGCGGCGGCGGCACAUUGCCGCGCGGGAGCGCCGGUUACCACCACCGACAAUAUCCGCCGGACCUGCUGGCCUUCUCCGGCGGUCGCGGCGCAUCGCCAACUAGCCAGGCGUCAACAGCGCCUGACAGCACGCGUCUGCCUAGUCAGCAAAUGAUAGUACCGGCGGCGGCGGCGGCGACAACGGUUGCGACGGCCUCAUCGUACGGCUCACCGCCGUCAGGCCAGUAUCACCCAGCCGCCUUCAAGACGUUGCCGCACAGCCGUAGCGCGACACCGUAUGGUCUCGGACCAUCAUCGUCGUCGUCGUCACCGAUGGCGCCGGUGUUACCUCGUCACGGUUACGUGACGAUUCCGCGACGACCGCGAGCGCCUAGCUGGAGCAGUGCACCCCCAACGUCGCCCACCGACGCCCUCGAGCCUGUGUACGACAAUCUAGGACUUCGCACUACGGCGGAUGGCAGCUCGAUGUUGUCGCUCAAUAAAAGUCCGGAACCAGCAACCUCCAUGAGGGGCCGGCCGCUUCCAGGCACGCCGGGGGGUUCGCACUACGGAUCGAUCCAACGUAGCACCCCGAAUAUCUUGACCAGUCAUCCAUUGGACCGAGUAGCGCCGGAAGGUGCAGCUGAAUGGCCGCUUAAGUUGACGGACGAGAGCAUGGACGGCGGUCAUCUGUUACUCACGCAGCAGCAACAGCAGCAACAGGCAGCCACUAGCAACACCCUUGGUAGAAAAGUGCCGCCGAGACCGCCGCCAAAACCCAAGAAGAAAUCCGCCAAUGGACCGACGUUGUACGAGGACGAGGGUGAGGACGGCACGGAAGUAUGA